UGUCGCCAUGGCAACUGCCCCAUGCCUGGUGCUGCUGGGGGCAGCUCUGCUCCUACCAGGUGCGGCGGCGCUGCAGUGCCUGAGCUGUGUGGAGCAGGGGGAUGGCGGCUGCAGCCCCGAGCGGGUCCAGAACGUGACGUGUCCCAAGGGCACCAGCGUGUGCAUGGAGGCCGCGGCUGGUGUGCAAUGGAGCCAUGGACAGUUCGUGUUGGGAGAGCGCGGGUGCGGCGCAGGCAUGGCGGGCACCAACGACAAGGGCGUGGAUGUGCGAGGGAUUGUGGCCUUCGGACAGCUGCGCCAGUGCAACCACAGCCACUGCAACGGGCUCCUCCCUCUGCAGGAUCUAGUCCUGAGGCCUUCCGUUAACGUGAGCGCCCAGGAGCCCAACGGGGUGGAGUGCUACGGCUGCCCAGACCAGGGCCCCUGCGAGGAGGCCAAUGCCAGCAUGGUGGUGCGGUGCUAUGGCGUCUGGCCCGGCUGCUUCCACGGCAAUGUCACCAUCAAAGUUGGUAUGUGA